UUUAAUUCUGUUGGAAACUGAAAGAAGUCUAGUUACUCAAAAAAGAGUUUGGUAUAGCAUUGUUUUUAGGAUUCCUAAAGCAUAUCUCUUCACGUUUCACAUCUUUAACUCCACAACAACCUCGUAAUACUAUAUGUAAACUUACAUCAUAUACUUUGAUGAACAUCUAAAAUUCUUCGAAAAUAUUUCUCCUUUCUCAAAUACAAAGUGCCUAAACUCUGGUGUAAAUUGAUUUGAGUGGGAGAUCUGAAAGAUGGCAUCCAACGGAGAGAAGCAAUCAGCAACCAAACCACCUCCAGCACCUUCUCCUUUGAGAAAUUCUAGAUUUUUUCAGUCAAACAUGAGAAUUCUGGUUACGGGAGGAGCAGGAUUUAUUGGCUCCCACCUGGUGGAUAGAUUGAUGGAAAAUGAAAAGAAUGAGGUGAUUGUCGUUGAUAAUUACUUUACUGGUUCAAAGGACAACCUUAGGAAAUGGAUUGGGCACCCGAGAUUUGAGCUUAUCCGUCAUGACGUCACAGAGCCAUUAUUGGUUGAGGUUGAUCAGAUAUAUCACCUUGCAUGCCCUGCAUCACCAAUAUUUUACAAGCACAACCCUGUAAAGACAAUUAAGACAAAUGUGAUGGGUACUCUGAACAUGCUAGGACUUGCCAAGCGUGUUGGAGCCAGGAUUUUGCUCACAUCUACAUCAGAGGUGUAUGGUGAUCCCCUUGAACAUCCUCAACCCGAAACCUACUGGGGAAAUGUUAAUCCAAUUGGAGUUCGGAGCUGUUAUGAUGAAGGAAAACGUGUUGCUGAAACUUUGAUGUUUGAUUAUCACAGGCAGCAUGGGAUUGAAAUUCGUGUAGCACGAAUCUUUAAUACAUAUGGGCCUCGUAUGAAUAUCGAUGAUGGUCGUGUUGUUAGCAACUUCAUUGCUCAAGCACUUCGUGAUGAACCAUUGACAGUUCAGGCUCCUGGAAGUCAGACUCGGAGUUUCUGUUUUGUGUCUGAUAUGGUUGAUGGUCUCAUCAGACUCAUGGAAGGAGAGAACACCGGGCCCAUCAACAUUGGAAACCCUGGUGAAUUUACCAUGCUUGAACUUGCUGAGACUGUGAAAGAGCUGAUCAACCCAAAUGUGAAGAUAAUCUCAGUGGAUAAUACCCCGGAUGAUCCUAGACAAAGGAAACCGGAUAUCACAAAGGCCAAAGAACUGCUCGGUUGGGAGCCGAAGGUGAAGUUGCGGGAGGGACUUCCUCUCAUGGAAGACGACUUCCGCCUGAGGCUCGGGGUUCCUAAGAACUGAGACCAAUCACUUCUUUAAGUCUUUCAUAUGGUAGGGGUAACUAAGAAAAAAGAGUGGUGCUGGUGAAAGAAGAAGUUCCCAAAGAGAGCGUUUUUCUGUGAGUGUUUUGGAGAAGUAGAGGAUUGUUUGAUCUUGAUCUUUUUUGCCAUUUUGUUUUAUCAUGUGUCAAAGUAAAAAAUAAUCAAAGGGGCCUCUCUUUUUGUUGCCCCUAUUUGUUCAUCUUUUAUAAUUAUCAAUACAUCAAGUUUUCUCGUGCUAAA